AUGCUCACGUACCAGGCGGCGUUGCUGGAGAACCUGGGAGUGACGCUCACCCUGUGGUCCACGUGCGGCCUGUCCCGGGGCGGGCUGUACGGCGAGUGGCAAGGUGUGAUCUGCACCGGCGAGACCAGCUCGCGAGUCCAGAAGUACCUCCAGAAGCUGUGGAACACUAUCCUGUUUGUCGCCCUCCUCCUCUGCACGGGCGUGAUCGUGCAGGCCCAGCGGCAGUCCCGGCAGGAGCAGGACACCGAGCGGGAGCUCAAGCAGCACAUCCUGCGGCGGCUGGCGGCGCUUAAGACCCGGCGCUACCACCCGGGCAAGCAGCCCCGGAGCCAGGCCCGGGAGAUGGACAGCUGCGCCGUCUGCUUGGACCAGUUCCACAAGAACCAGGUAAUGCAGGCGGGCGGGCUCGGGGCCUAG